UCGCUGUGCUGGAUAAAGAAAGACGGUCUGACUCGACGGUUUAGUCGCCAUUUUGUCGCCCGUGAACACUGGCAGAAGACCUUUGUUACGCAGCGAACAUUUAAGGCUUUUAAAUAUUUUUUAGAAACUUCUUUGAUAGGGAUCAAUGUCUCGAUUUCACAACAAUCGUGGUGGAAGUGGGAUGAAUCAUUUCCAGCAGCGCAGAGGAGGUGGACCCGGCGGCCCGAUGCGAGGUGGGCUAAUGGGAAACCCUAACUUCAGGAGCCAUCCUUUCCAGAGUCCAAACCAGAACCGGAGGGGACAUAAUAACAACAUGAAUAGACCACAUAACCAGGGACCGCAGAUGACUCCACCGAAGCCGAUUAUCCCUCCCCCGAGUCCCGGACCGGCUCUUACCAUGAAAGGCCCGAUGCAGCAACAGCAAGAGCAGAAGAAGCCGGCACAGCCAGAGCCGCAGACCCCAACACCGACAACCCCAGCUCCCCAGUCAAAUGUUGAGUCUCCUCAGCCCAAGGUACAGACACCACCGAAACCUGAGGCGACCACCCCUCAACCAGACCAAGCAAACAAGACCCCGAACCAAAACCAGAACCAGAAUCAGAAUCAGAACCAGCAGAUGAAGUCCCCCGAAGGAAAUGCUAAUGGACAGAAGCAGCCCCCGCACCCGAGUCCGAGCCCGAAGUCAGGACCACCACAGGGUCAGGGCCAGGGCCAGAGAGGGCCACAGCAGAGCCCAAGAUCAGGAGGACCACACCAGGGCCAUAGACAGGGACCAUACCAAGGCCAGAGGUCCGGGCCACACCAGGGCCAGAGAACAGGACCUCACCAAGGCCAGAGGACAGGGCCCUAUCACGGCCAGAGAACAGGGCCGUCGCAGAUGAGGGGCAGAGAGGAGUCCGAGAAAAGGCCUUCCAACAACAACGAGGCAGCAGAGGGAGAAGAGGGCCAGGCUAGUGAGUUCAAGGCAACACUGUCUAUGCUGCUGAAACCCGGUGAGAAGACGUACACUCAGCGGUGUCGUCUGUUCAUCGGCAACCUGCCCAACGACAUCACAGAGGAUGACUUCAAGAAGCUGUUUGCAAAAUAUGGAGAACCCAGCGAAGUGUUCAUCAACAAGAGCAAAGGCUUUGGCUUCAUUAGACUGGAGUCCCGCGCACUUGCUGAAAUAGCAAAAGCUGAGUUGGAUGACAUACCAAUGAAGGGUAGACCCCUCCGUGUCCGAUUUGCAACACACUCUGCAGCCUUGUCCAUAAAAAAUCUGUCACCGUUUGUGUCCAAUGAGCUCCUGGAAGAAGCCUUCUCGCAGUUUGGAAUGGUUGAGAGGUCCAUCGUGAUUGUGGACGACCGUGGACGCUCCACAGGAAAGGGCAUUGUUGAGUUUGCCUCCAAACCGGCCGCCAGGAAGGCUCUGGAUCGGUGCAAUGAGGGUGUCUUCCUGCUCACCACGUCACCCCGUCCAGUUGUUGUUGAGCCCCUGGAGCAAUUUGAUGACGAAGAUGGACUCCCAGAGAAACUGGCACAGAAGAACCCCAGAUAUCAAGCAGAGCGCCAAGAAUCUCCCCGCUUUGCUCGUCCUGGCACUUUUGAGUACGAGUACUCCAAGCGCUGGAAGUCCCUGGAUGAGAUGGAGAAGCAGCAGAGGCAGCAGGUGGAGAAGAACAUGCGCGAGGCCAGAGAAAAGCUGGAGAGCGAGAUGGAGGACGCUUACCAUGAGCACCAGGCCAACUUGCUCCGCCAAGAUCUGCUGAGGCGACAGGAGGAACUGAGGCGUAUGGAGGAGAUACACAGCCAGGAGAUGCAAAAGAGGAAGGAGAUUCAAAUCAGACAAGAAGAAGAGCGCCGCAGACAGGAGGAGGAGAUGAUUCGCAAGAGGGAGAUGGAAGAACAGAUGCGCCGCCAGCGUGAGGAGAACUACAGGAUGGGCAACUUCAUCGAUAGGAACAGAGAAAUGAGAAUGAGCGCCGGUGGCAUGGGUGAUUUGCCCUUUGGAGCUGCUGGCCAGAAGUUCCCAAUGGGCUUUGAGGGACAGCAGGGGAUGGGAGCAUCUCCAGGAAGCCUGAUGGGCAACGAAAUGCGCAACGAGCGCUUUGCCCAAGGGGGUCCCCGGGGAAUGGGUCCUGGUAAUGCCGCGUACGGCAGAGUCCGUGAGGAGUUUGAUGGUCCUGCUAAGAAAGCUCGUUUUUAAAUGCUGCCCUUUGGUGAACCCAGCAGCAGAAUUUGUAUAGGUUCUUCAAAACAAACGCUUUUUUCUUGUAUUUAAGUUUAAAUUGUUAAAAUUUUAGCCUGCUUUUUUCACAAAGUCAAUAUUUUCAUUUUUAUUUUGUAUUGUCAGUAGUAGUAUGGAAAGAUCGGUCAUCCUCGUGUGAUCUGGUAGUUCUUUCUGACCCAUGUAUAAUUUUCUUUUCUAGAUGUAUAAUGCUCUGUGAGUCUCCGUGAAGUGAUAACUGUAAACUUUCUCUACUCUAUGGCUGUGUUUUGUGCCAUACCUUUGGAGUCAAAGCAUGUAUUACAAUAAAGAGACAUUGGUUCUAUCAGGACAAA